UAUAACAGGAAAUAUUUGGAAUUUGUAUAUUUUUUCAAGUCCUGUGAAAUUGGAAUUCAUUGUAAGAACAUCGCCUUAAUUUUUAAAGGCCAUUUUGCAAAGAAAUUUAAACCGGGGAGUACUUAUCUAUAUUUAAUUAGACUGCAUAUCCCCGUCGCUUGCUCAGUUUUGUUCUAUUUUUGUUCUUUGCAACUUUUUGUAGGAAACCUUUUCUGCCUUUUUUAUUAUUUCAAAGGAUUUCAACCAUGUGGACCUUCCUUGGAAUCGCAAGCUUCACUUACAUGUAUAAAAAAUGCGACGCUCUAAUCGACUUUGCUCACAAAGAGAAGCUCCUUGUGUCGGUGGCGUUUGUGUCUGUGGGAUUAUUAUUGACAUAUACCCGUUAUUGUUAUGGACAAUCGCUAAAAGUUCCUCACUUAAUACGUAUGCCUUUGGAGAUACUGUCAUCCCUCCCAUUCAUAAAUAAGUUAUUCUCAAGAUCAUCAGUUCCCCGUUUCAGCAGUCCAGCAGGCUUUUCCAAAAAGGCAAACUCCCGGAGAAAGAGAUUAGAGGCGCAAACGGCACCCAGUGCGGAGACCGUGGCGAAUGGCACUUCCGCGGCCCACUCGGAACCGGACGUCCUCAUCGUGGGCGCUGGUGUGCUGGGCUCUGCCAUGGCAGCGGUGCUGGCACGAGACGGUCGGCGGGUGACGGUGAUCGAGAGGGACCUGCGCGAGCCAGACAGGAUAGUGGGGGAGCUUCUGCAGCCCGGCGGCUACCGCGCGCUGAAAGACCUGGGCCUGGAAAAGGCCGUGGAGGGUCUGGAUGCCCACGUGGUGAACGGCUACGUCAUCCACGACAUGGAGACGGAGACGGAGGUGGAGAUCCCGUACCCCUCGGAGGACGAGUCCAUCCAGUGUGGUCGGGCCUUCCACCACGGCCGCUUCAUCAUGGGCCUGAGGCGCGCAGCACAGGCCGAGCCCAGCGUGAGGUUCAUUGAAGGGACGGUGACCAGUCUGGAGGAGGAGGAGGACUGUGUGACGGGAGUCCAGUACAGAGACAAGGAGACGGGACAGAUAACGAAAAUUCAUGCUCCGCUCACUGUGGUGGCAGACGGCUGCUUCUCCAAGUUCCGCAAGAGUCUUGGGUCUGGAAAAGUCAAAAUCUCAUCACAUUUUGUAGGAUGCAUCAUGAAGGACUCCCCGCAGUGGAAGGCCCACCAUGCUGAGCUGGUUCUGGCGGACCCCAGCCCCGUCCUCAUUUACCAGAUCUCCUCCACAGACACCAGGGUGCUGGUGGACAUCAGGGGAGACAUGCCCAGAGACCUCACCGACUACAUGGCCCAAAAGAUACAUCCUCAGCUGCCAGAACAUUUGCGAGAGCCCUUCAUGGAGGCCCUGCAGAACGACCGGCUGAGAUCCAUGCCAGCCAGCUUUCUACCUCCCUCGCCUGUCAACAAACCAGGUGUGCUCCUGCUGGGAGAUGCCUACAACAUGCGGCACCCUCUGACGGGAGGCGGUAUGAGCGUCGUCCUUAACGACGUACGCAUCUGGAGGAGCCUGCUACAGAGCAUCCCUGAUCUCUAUGACAACGCAGCCAUGCUCCAAGCCAAGCGGAAGUUCCACUGGGAGAGGAAGUCAUCCCACUCCUUCGUGGUGAACGUCUUGGCUCAGGCCCUCUAUGAACUCUUCGCUGCCACAGACAAUUCCCUACAUGAGCUGAGGAGAGCCUGUUUCCACUACUUCAAGCUGGGUGGAGAGUGCAUCUCUGGACCUGUGGGCCUGCUCUCAGUUCUGACCCCUAAGCCCAUGACUCUGAUCGGGCACUUCGUGGCCGUGGCCCUGUACGCCAUCUACUUCAGCUUCAAGUCCGAGUCCUGGCUGACCAAGCCGCGUGCCCUGCUCAAGAGCGGCGCCAUCUUGUAUCGCGCCUGCACCGUCAUGUUGCCCCUCAUCUACUCCGAGUUCAAGUACCUGGUCUUCUGAAUCUCCAGCGUGCUUAGCCCCUCCAUCCCUCCAUCUUCUUAGGAGUAGUGCUAUCUACACCAGCUUUUGAAAGAGGAACCACGUGGGUGAGGCUUAUCCAUUCACUUUGGAUGUACCAGGAUAGCAGAUGUUGAGUUGAAGCCUGAUAUUCUCGUCAUCUUGGUAUACCAAGGUCAAAAUGUCAAGAUUCAGCCAGUGACAAUCUACAUUCAUCAGCCUCAGCUGAAGAUUAACACCUCUCCUAAUGCCUGCCCUGUCCCCCCCUGCCCUCACUCACUCACUCACUCACUCACGCACAGACUCACAUGAGGACAAACUGUCUUGAGAAAUCCAAAAGUCCUGCCACUCACUUCUUAUGCUUGUGCUCUUACUAAUAGUGUAGAGCUUUGAUAAUUGGUACAGUAUCCGUAUCUGGUUCGAUGAAUUUGCAGGAACUAAAGUAAAUUACUUUUGCUCUUUGAACCCGGCAUAUCCGUCUCUGCUCACACCCCACAAGUCACCACUCAAGGCCUCUGGAAGUGCCUGUUUGCUUUUUUUUGUUUUGUUCCGUUCAUUGUUGCAAUGGUUUUUUCAAGUUGUGGAUGGUACGUUUGUCAAAAUGAUUUAAAGGAACAAGUGUAUUAUGUUUGCUUUGAUGGCAUGUUGUUUUUGUCCCCGAUCUUAAAGGGCACAGUAAUGUCUGAUUGGAGGGAUUCUGUUUUGCUGGACUAAGUCUAAUUGGUAAUCGUUAAGUGAGGGGCUGGACUCUAGCAGAAGCCCAUUCCAGAGAAUGAGACUCUCAGCAAAGUGUGGUGGAUUGUAAAAGCAAAGUCCUUGUCAAUAGCGGUUACUGACUAACCAGCCAAUACAUCUCUUCACACAGUCUUGGCCCCUAUUGCUAAUGUCUGCUCUCCCGUUUGUAACUGGUUUGCAGUGCUAAUCGUCACGUCCAUUCAGCAGUGCCUUCUGCUUCAGCGAGUCCUUUGUAGUGCUGUAUCUAGGCUACUGUAUGUCUCCAUCCACUCAGAUAAAAAGUCUGUCACCAUGGCAUCAGAAUACAGUCUUUUAGUGUUUAGGGUGCAAGUGAACAAUCUGCCAUCAUGCCUUGUACUGGAAUAGGAACAGAAAACGCAGCUUUCAAAUAUUACUCGCCAAAAGUAAAUGAGGUGGCCUACUUGAUUAAGCCUUUUUGCUAAUGUGGCUUCAAACCCUACUUGGGGAACAUAUUGUGUUUUUGAUUUUAAGCAUUUUAACAUAAAGGUAAUUUUAACCAAUGUAUUUCUGUGUAAUGGAGUUUGAUGUACUUGCAUCAAAAUUUUGCACUGAAGAUUGUUCUCAGGCGGAAAAAAAUCUGACAGUGCUGGAAAAACUCUGGUAUAAACACCAACAAAAAAUCUGGUACUCUAUGCAUUUGCAAUUCAACUGCUAGGUACAAAUCUUUGAAAGGGUUUUUUCAUUCAUUUCGACACUGCAUAUUGUUAAGUGAUUCGUCUGAAGAAAAUAAAGCCUUAUUCAUGUGUAUGUAGUGAAAGAAUAGACACCAAUGACAUUUCGUAUCAUCCUUUAUAUGCCGCAAGGAACUUGGGAGAAACUGAGGUGUUUUUGCCACACUAUUUUUGUGCAACACAAUGAAAGCAGAAGAAAUGUAAAGCAAGGAAAAUCAGCGUUUUGUUAAGUGUUUGAGAACUAAGGAAGUUGAAAAAGAAACUGGACAAAUGUAUGAAAUUCUGUCUGAAUUACAGUCAUGAGGCCUUGAAUGAAAAUGCCUUUGAUUUCUUUGGAAAUUGGAUUUCUAAUGUCUUUGGGUUGAAUGAAUAGAAUAUGAAAAGGCCCAAUCCUUUAACACUUCUUUCUCAUAUGUCCUGUUCAUCAAAACUGUAAAAUACAUGCUAUAUGAUUGACUGCUGUUUCUGGUCACACAAUCUGCACAUAUUGUGUUAUGUAUUUUGUGAGUACAUGUUUUAUGUUUCAGUUCAUUGUCUGCUAAUUGUCACAAUAUUUUGACAAUAAAAUGAAAUAAUUCUGUCAACAGACCAAUUAUGGAAACAUUUUUGAUUUAGGAUGUAAGAGGGGAACUCACAAAUCCAAAAACUCACUGAGAGGGGUGUGCUUAGUGUUAACCUGAUUAAAGAAAUAAUAUUGACUACUACUUUGCCCUUUCUAUGUAUCUAUAUUGACUAGGCCAAUACAAUUGAGACAUUAAUAUUUACACAAACUAUUAAGAAGCAUA